AUGGCACAGGAAAUAGGGUGUGAUAAUGAAGCUGUAUGGGAAGCUGGGGUUCAGAUCCUCAGUCAACCUGAACACCGAGGACAUGUCCAUGUUCCUGGCCCACUGGAAGGCUUGGGAGAGGAUCACAACAUAGAAAAACACUCUCAAGUUAAAUACAAAUCCGGAGUACUGGAGUUCACUAAUCUUAGUAAAGGAUUUCUUGGCAAAUGCAUCACUCAAGAGUCUCUGUUUUUGGCAUUCAUUGCUGCAGUUGUACUAUCUAGAAUUAACAGUUGGCUUUCCAAUUGUGUUCACAGGAUCCCAGAAAAUCAGAGUGCAGAAGUCACCUUCAUCAUCUUGGGCUUCUCAGAAUAUCCGAACCUCCAGGUGCCCUUGUUCCUGGUCUUCCUGACCAUCUACACAGUCACGGUGCUGGGGAACUUGGGCAUGAUCAUCAUCAUCAGGAUAAAUCCCAAACUGCACACCCCCAUGUACUUUUUUCUUAGUCACUUGUCCUUUGUUGAUUUCUGUUACUCUACAGCAGUUACACCCAAACUACUAGAAAAUUUAUUUGUGAAAGACAGAACUAUCUCCUUCACAGGAUGUAUCAUGCAAUACUUCUUUGCCUGCACAUUUGUGGAGACAGAAACAUUCAUGUUGGCAGUGAUGGCCUAUGACCGAUUUGUGGCCGUUUGUAACCCUCUGCUCUACACAGUGGUCAUGUCUCAGAGGCUUUCUUCCUUAUUGGUUGGUGCAUCAUAUUCUUGGAGUAUAGUCUGUUCCUUAACAUUCACAUCUUUUUUGUUGACUUCAACAUUCCAUGGGACUAACUUCAUAAAUAACUUUUUCUGUGAGUAUGCUGCUAUUGUUGCUAUUUCCUGCUCUGACACUUACAUUAGCCAGGAGAUCACUUUAGUGUUUGCCACAUUCAAUGAAAUAAGCACCCUGGUGAUCAUUCUUACUUCCUAUGUUCUCAUUUUUAUCACCGUCAUGAAAAUGCCUUCACGUGGGGGACACCACAAAGCCUUAUCCACAUGUGCUUCCCAUUUAACCUCCAUCACCAUUUUCCAUGGUACUAUUAUUUUUCUGUACUGUGUUCCUAACUCCAAAAGUUCACGGCUUACGUCAAAGGUGGCCUCUGUCUUUUACAUGGUGGUCAUCCCCAUGCUUAAUCCUCUGAUCUACAGUUUUAGGAAUAAAGAGGUGAAAGAGACAAUUAGAAAGUUAAUCAAUACCAAGUUAUUAUCUUAUAAAUUAUAUUAA